AUGCAACGCUCCCGCCAUGCCAUGACGAUAAGCCAUGGUGUUUGUGCCCUCAGUGCCCUCAGUGCCCAAUGACAGGUGGCAAUGGACUCCAGCUGCAAAGCGUUCCUGUCCUCGGCUCGAUCUCCUCCCUCGUUGAUCUCGUCUCUGCAUGCGCUCGUUUCAACCUCCCCCUUUCCCCCCUUCAUUCCUGCGACCCGCUCCACCGGCCAUCGUUAUCCUCACCACUCACCUUCCUUGGCUUCUUUUUUUCGAGCUACAAAAGCCAUGCGUCUUGGUCGUUCCUUUCUUCUCUAAAAUUAUCACCAUGCCACUGAACACCUUCGCCCUGGGCGUGGCCCUCACCCCGGCGGUCCUUCAGACCCUGAUCUCUCAUUAUUUACAUCGCAAAUCCCUUCGUCAUAAGCCCAAUGUCCACCUUACCUACGAUGAGGCGAUCCGGAUCAUGCGCGAAUUCCUCGCGUACGCGGCCAAGCACCCUGUCGAGGACCUUCAGGCCUUCUCCUGUCAGAAAGUGCCCGUGCCCCAUUGGGUGAAACUCCAAACUGUGACUGUGUCGGAGGAUUAUCUCUCGUCAGCAGCGGACGCCAUCAACAAGCAGCUGGGUCCGAAGGGAAUCGAACGGGUUGGCGGGAGUGAGUGGUGGCAAUGGCGCGGACCGGCCGAGGAUUUGAAGGGAGAGUGGAUUGAGAUGAAGGAUGAUUAUAACGAACGGGAGCAGACGAGUCGCGAUCACCCCAGCCAGAAGCGGAUCAUGCUGUAUAUUCAUGGCGGGGCUUAUUACUUCGCCAGCGUGGAUACGCAUCGGUACCAGAUGCAGCGGCACGCGAGGAAGCUCAAGGGACGAGUGUUUGCACCUAAAUAUCGUCUGGCUCCGCAAUAUCCAUUCCCUUGCAGUCUACAAGACUCGCUGGCCGCUUAUUUGUAUCUUUUGGCAGCCCAUGACCCCAAGGAGAUUAUAUUUGCCGGAGAUUCGGCGGGAGGAGGAAUGGUGCUUUCGAUGCUCGUCAUUCUUCGCGAUCAAGGGAUUCCCUUGCCUGCGGGCGCAAUCCUGAUCUCCCCUUGGGUAGACCUCACGCAUUCAUUCCCAAGCAUUGUCGCGGACAAUCCAGGCGAUUAUAUUCCUCAGUAUGGCUUUAGACAUAAGCCCUCCGCGGCAUGGCCCCCGCCAAAUGCAGAUGAGCUUCGCGAACUCAAGAAAGGCCUCGCCAAGACUCCGGUCAGCCAGAGUGACGCCCUCAAGGCCAUCCCAAAUGACAAUAGCCAGGCUGCAGACACGGCUGCAAAGGGGUAUUCGGCCCAUAUGAAUGGCUCGCCCGACGUUGACGAGGAGAGUAUCACGGUGACACUUGACGGUGAGACCGUGGAGGUCAAGGAUCAGAUCCACAUGUAUACGACCAACGAACUCUUGACCCACCCUCUUGUUUCUCCGAUCCUGCAGCCGUCUCUGGGAGGUCUGCCGCCGUUGCUGAUCCAAAGUGGUGGUGGCGAAAUGCUACGAGAUGAGCAUUUCUACGUUGCUCACAAGGCUGCCAACCCCGCGGCAUACCCGCCUAGUGAUAGGUUCAUGGCUGAGCACGAUCCGACACGAGAGAUCCUCCACAAGCACCCAGGAACCCAUGUGCAGCUCCAGGUCUGGGAUGACCUCUGCCAUGUUGCUCCCACCCUCAGUUUCACACGCCCCGCAAAGUACAUGUUUCGGGCCAUCGCACAAUUCGGAGCCUGGGCCCUGGCUUGUGCCCAGAAGGCGGAGAUGGAAAUCGCCGAUCCGCGAUCUGGGACAUCUAGCGAGUCUGACAGUAUUGGUGAUGCCACCAACGGUACCACCGAGGACUCCGUCUCAUCGGUUGGAAAGGCCGGCGAUCCAUUACCGGCUUUCAAAGAUCGCAUGAUUCGUCAGCGAGUCGACAAACGAGGCAAUGUUUACCCGCUCGAUCCUCCAUCGUCCUGCCCCGUUCUUCAAAUCCCCAACUCCGACGUCGGUGCCUUCAACCCGGAUCUGGUCCGCGGGUGGCUCGUGGCGAAACGGGAGUGGGACGACAAGUUUGCGAAGGAGAAGCUCCGCGUUCAACGGCAGCGGAUCAAGGAACUGGCGUACGGGCUGCAAGCCUUCAAGGGCGAGCUGCCUCCGCCUAGUUCGCUAGCGGCUAGACGAACUGCCCCUGGCGUAUUGCCGUCCAAGACCGGACGCAAGAGCUACCCCAUGACCAUGUGGAGCCGGGUGGCCAGCAAGCAAGAUGAGAGAAUCAUCGCGCGGGACCAGCAGAAAGGCCGUGCCAAGCGGACCAGUGUCGACGCCGGACGCGCUGGAGCGUCGAUGGACGAGGCAGGCGAACAUAAAGCGGGCACUUUGCCCACCAUCGACCCAUCCACUCGACCAGGAAUUACGAUCCAGGAACCGACUGAUGUCAACGACGCCCCAAACACGUCCGAGCGAGCGAGCGUAGCCUCUCCCAAGAGCUCAACUGACGCACUCGCCCCGUCGCUUACCAAAUCCACCAGCCGACUGAUACUGUUGCCCGAAUACGAGGGAAAGCAGCUUCUCGACGAAAAUGCCAGCACACGGACACUCUUCCGCGAAGCCGGGGCCAUUCCGACUGGGUCCGAUGCCGUGUGGGCGCGUCUCCGUCAACGCCCGUUGUCCCAUGCCGGCUCCGGCACUAUCCGGAGCGAAUUCACCUCUGAGCUCCCAGAAGACAGCAGCACAAUCGGCGAUGAGAAGUCGCUGGCGGUGACUACGACUGGAGUGGACGCGGCGAGCACACGAGCUGUGUUCCAUGCUGGGGGAGUAGUGAGCCCGCUGAGCGACGAUGAUUCGAUGUAUCGGUCCUUUGAUGCGACGGACGGGGGAGACAUUGAGCCCUCUGUCAGUGGCAGUGCUGAUGCCGGUGCAGCUAGCCUGAACGGUGCAGUCGAGACUGACAAACAUUCGCGCCCGACGAUGCCGAAUCGGGAGUUUUUCAAGACGGCUGAAGAGUUUGUUGCAUAUUGAUCAUCAUUUACAGACAAUUCUGGAUGAUAUACAUUCGUUGCUUUCCUUGUGUUGGACCAUUUCUGGAUAUCCUUCGAUCUUCACCUUGAUAUCAUCUUGGAUACCAUCUUUGAUAAUCAUUUAGACUACCAUCUUGAGUUAUCUCUUUAUAUUCUCUUGGACUAUGGUGAUGUCUUGAUGCUUACUGAUCUUUACAUUCUUUGGCUGAACAUGGCAAGUACAAGACUCAUGUUCUCGGGUGCUCUCUUCUGUUUUGUUUGAAUACCCCUUACCAGAUACCAUACCUUAUACUUCAUACACCCAGACCAUGUACAUACACCAGACUCAAAAUAAUACAUGACGCAUCAAUUGGGUAUAACAUACACAUACUAUACAUCCUACAC